AUGGAUCAUAAGACAAACACUACACUGCUUUUCUCUUUCUUGUUUUUCAUCACGUACCUCAUAAUCAUCGCGUCAUCGAAAGAUCUAUGUAACGAAAACGACAAAAUCACCCUCCUCAAGAUCAAGAAUUCCCUAAACAACCCAUACCAACUCAUCAACUGGGACACUACAUACGACUGCUGCAGGUGGAGCUCCGUUGAGUGCGGCGACGCCACCGUUAACCACAGCGUCAUCUCCCUAACCAUAUUCUCCGCUCAGAUAUCAGCUCAGAUCCCGCCUGAAGUCGGUGACUUACCGUAUCUUCAGGACCUUAUGUUCCACAAGAUCACUAACAUCACCGGUCAGAUCCCACAAACCAUCACCAAGCUCAAGUAUCUCCGUUCUCUCUGGCUUAGCUCGUUGAACCUAACCGGCCCGGUUCCUGAUUUUCUGAGUCAGCUCAAGAAUCUUGAUUACUUAAACCUUGCCUUCAACCAACUCUCUGGUUCCAUACCUAGCUCUCUCGCUUCGUUACCUAAACUUGCUUACGUUGAUCUUAGUAGGAAUAAGCUUACAGGUACAAUACCAGAGUCAUUUGGAUCGUUUCAAGCAGAACCUUUUUACCUUCUCUUAUCACACAACCAGCUCUCCGGUUCGAUACCCAAAUCGCUAGGCAACAUAAAUUUUGACAAGAUAGAUUUCUCAAGGAACAAGCUCACAGGCGAUGCUUCGAUGUUGUUUGGACCCAACAAAACUACGUUUUCCACUGAUUUAUCAAGAAACAUGCUCCAGUUUGAUCUCGCUAGAGUUGAGAUCUCCGAGACAUUUGGUGUAUUGGACUUGAACCACAAUGGGAUCACAGGGAGUAUUCCGGUUCAGUGGACUGAACAUAAUCUCCAAAUCUUAAACGUUAGCUAUAACAGACUUUGUGGACGCAUCCCCACUGGUGGCAGUCUUCAAAGAUUUGAUUCUUAUACAUAUUUUCACAACAAGUGUUUAUGUGGUGCACCUCUUGAUAGUUGCAAGUAAAAAAAAAAAACAAAGCUUAUCUCUAGGUUCCCCCAAAAAAAUAUGUAAUAUCAUCCAGAUUUUAUUAAAUAAUACAUUUAUCACAACUU